AUGUGCUUUGUGGCAAACGAAACACUUCAACAGCAAGGAAAUUUUUUAAAUGUUCUUAUUCCUGCAAGACCGGACUUUGAUGUGUUCAACUUUGUGGGAGUGUCCGACGAAAGAAACGAAAUAGUUAUGGAACUCGAUAUAGAAGUUUUUGAGAAGAGCGUUGCUGGAUCUCGUUCUCAUUUGAAGAUGAAACUGCGUCAAAAGCCUGAGCAAGGUCCAUUCCUACAGUUGGAGCUUCGCGACAAGUUGACGGUACACGAAAUCCCAGUUAAACUGCUAAAGACUGCUCAUUGGCCAAAAUAUCAGCGUCCAGAUCUCCCUAAUCCUACAAUGGGUGUUUAUUUUCCACCUAUAAAGUCAGUCAUGCGUGUUCUACAUUCCUUGAAAAACGUCUGCAACAAAAACAUAUCCUUGAAGGUAAGUAAUAGCGGUGAGAUGCACCUUAAAUGCCUCGCGGAGCAAGCAGACAUCACGGUCUACUUUAGUAAUCUGAUGAACGACACCAUAACAGAAGAGCAAACUGAAGAGCAGUGGUGCACUGUGAGGUUGCCGUUGAAGGUUCUCCACAUGUUCUUCUCUGCGUUCAUGUACAUGGCGCAUUUCAACGUUCUUCUAAAUGUUGUAUCGGAUUAUUUCGCAGAAUUUAUUUUGCGACGAGAUGGACUCGUUGUUUCGUUUCUCGUUCGCGGAGUUAUUGAUGUAUCAUAG